AGGAGGCAGAGCCAGGCAGCUAGCCAGCCAGCCAACUCGGGAGCAUUGUGAGCAUGGCUGACACAGUGUAAGGAGACUGCCGUGCCUCCUCUGUAUGCUAUUGCUGUGACCUAACUCAGUGUCCACUGGAUCAGGCACACGAAGGACAGGCACACGGACACACCUGGCCCCACGGACGCCUGCAAGUAAAUCCGAAUCAGGGAAGCAGCUAAGCAUGCUUGGGAAGGGGAUUGGAGAGACUUGCUCCACUCAGUGGGUCUUGUAUUGUGAUGUGAAGUGAACCAUAUGUUAGCCCGGUGGUGUCGCACCAGUAGAGUUGUAGCCACAUUCCAGUGUAGUUUGGUGCCAACAGGGUCUAUACAUGCUUCCCGGAGAUGUGUAUUACUAUUCGGCAAAUUCCUGUGUGCUCUGUGUCAAGAGAGGCCAGUCGACCAAGAGGGUCACACCCAAGAGUCCAGGUCCCGGCCUCAACCCCAAUGCCAAUGUCUUCCUGAGCAGCAAGUCACCUGCUUCGCCAGACUCCACGACGCAAUGGGAUAGUCCGGGAUCAGACACAGCCUACCAGGGUCAGCCCAAUGGGGAUGUGAAGCUAGAGCAGCCUUCUGUGGUGGGUGUGGGCAGCGGCAGUGGCAGCACAAGCAGCACAGGCAGCGGGCCCACCUUCCCCACAGCAGACUCGCCUGUCUCAGUCACAGACUACACAGCCACUGCAAAUUUCAAUGACAACCAGAAUGCUCUCACCAAUGACAACGCAUCUGUUGCAUCCACUGAGGAUGGCAGCAUGCCGCUCGAGGGUUCCAUCCCAGAAGAUCAGCUCCGACAACUGUUGCAGACUCAGCUUGAGUACUACUUCUCCAGAGAAAAUCUUGUCCACGACACAUACCUGCAGUCCCAAAUGGACCCGGAUCAGUAUGUGGCUAUUGCCACAGUGGCAAACUUCAACCAGGUCCAGAAGCUCACCAACAACCUCCAGCUCAUUGUAGACGUCCUCCGGAGGUCUCCUUCAGUCCAGGUAGAUGAGAAGGGGGAGAAAGUUCGACCAAACCACAGUAGAUGUGUGGUCAUCUUGAGGGAGAUUCCGGAUACCACACCUGUAGAAGAUGUACAGCAGCUCUUUAAGGGAGAGAACUGUCCACCUUUUGUCAGCUGUGAAUUCGCUCACAACAACAGCUGGUAUGUGACAUUUGAAUCUGAUGAGGAUGCUCAACGUGCCUACCAGUUUCUGCGAGAGGAAGUACGCACCUUUCUUGACAGGCCUAUCAUGGCAAGGAUAAAAGCCAAGCCAUUGAUACGAUCAACUUUUGUGCCGCGGAAUGGCAUGAAAGUGCCUUUCCAAGGAACUGCAGAGCAGCCAACUUACCCCAUCCCACAGCCACAGCAGCAACAGCCACAGCAACAGCAGGCACAACAGCAACCUUACAGAAUGGUGCAGCCUGCCUCCGUGCAAUACAUUGGUAAUGGACAGCAGCCUUUUCCUUUCUACCCUCUGAGCCCCACGGUAAUGUCCCCCUGGGCUCCCUCUGCCACCCCCUUUCUUGAUCCCGGAGCGGUAAGUAAAUACAAGAUGUUUCAAAUGAACGGUUACCAGGCCACGAGUAUAAAACCCACAGCGUCCACAAACAGACAUAUCUUCCAAAGCAAUGCAAGAACCAACAGCAGAAAUAUGAAAACACAUCGGUCAUCGGUACAAGAACGCAACAACUCUGAAGGCCGAAUGACGAAUGAGCGUCACUCGGUAUCUGCCCCUCGAACGAGUCCCCGUAGCCUUGACAGUGCCCAGAUCUCAAGCUUUACCCGUCGCGGAGAUAUGGGAGGCAAUUCUCAUAUGGUCAACGCCUCUGUCCAGCCACAUGGAGUGGAUGCCAAUGCCAACCUUACUCAAAAUAAUAAAUCUGACAUGGUCUCUCAAAGGAAAAGUUAUAAAAGAGGAAGAAGGGGUGAAGAAGGUGCUAAAAAUUCUCGGCAAAAUCCUUCCAUGCCUGGUCGAGAUGGGCGCCUGGAACCCCAGUUUGAGUUAGAGUCUACGUCAUUCCCGCCUUUACCUGGCUCUCUAAACAAUGCUGCAUCAAAUGAAAGUUUUGAAAGCAAGUUGUCUGAUGUUGUAAAGGGCACAGCUCGACUCCAAGUUCGCGAACCUAGUACAACAAAAUCAGUUCAACAGCCCCAGUCAACAGCACCUCCUCCCUCCUCCUCCUCCCAGCACACUGCCUCCAGGGUAGCAUCCCCUCCGCCACAACCUGUAGCCACGCCGCCGUCCCCCACUGUUGUUCCACCACCCCCAGCCCCAGUUGUUGCUCCCGUCACACCUGCUGUCAAGGAAGUGCUUGAACCAACAGCAGUUCCAGUUACAACGGCAACAGCCACAGUUGCAGUCACAGCAGAACCUGUUUACCAGCAAAAAUCAAGUAAAGCUGCAAGUGCAGCAGAAACCAAACCUGCUCCCGAGCCAACAGUCACCAAACAGGCCUCUGUUGUUGUCUCUAGCCAAUCAAAACCUACAACAUCUAGUGUAUCAGUUCUGUUGCAGGAGGAAAAGCCCAAUCUGCCUCCAGGAGUGAAACUGAGCUAUGCCCAGAUGGUUCAGCGGAAACGGGACACCGACGGCAACGGUGGAGAGAAGACGAAAGAGGACAACAACACCUCCCCUCAACAGUCCCCACCCCCGGUUACAACUGCAGUCACAAGUGCCAAGAAUGGCCAAACAUUGCGUGAGCAAACACAAACUGUUAAAGUGGCCUCGGCAUCUGCCCGACAGCCACAAAUGAAAGAUAAUGUGAGAAAGGACUUUGAGCCAAAAGAGCAGAGGCCACAGCGGAGGGCAAAGGAAAACCGAGAAAGGCGGGAUCGGCGGCGAGACCGUAGUGAGAGAGAAAUUAAAGUGGCAGCGAAAUGAUAACAUGCAACACUAGUCUUAUAUAAAACUAACUUGGCAAUUGUCAUCAUGGGGAGCUAGCCACUCGGUGGUCUAUAGUGGAAAUAAGUAUUGAUGGAUUUGUGUUUAGGGAGGGGUUCUUCAUCAUUGAUACAAUCAUCUGCGGUACCAAGGUACCAGUGCAAGGAGUUGCAAGUAUUCAUGAUAACAUUGAUCUUUCAUGGCUUCAAGUUUGUGAUGUUUAUUAGGCAGUGGUUGACUUGUCUCUUGCCCCAGUGUUUGGCGGUCAUCCAAGCACCCACACACAAUCUGCCUAGUGCUUGCACUACAGGCGAGAUCAGCAAUACAGCUGACACUGCUGGGUUGAGGUGGAGGAAGCCGGGGCAACCCCUCCCUGGAUGGUGCAUUGGAAACAUGGUGACAGCAACUUAUGAGGAACAGAUAUUAUGCAAAGUAGCCAAAGAUGGUUAUUUACACCAAUAGGUUUCCUGAGUCAAGAUGCAACUGUAUUGAUGUGAUUUGGACUUGUUGGAUUUGAAACCAGGCAAUGUACAGUGAAACUGCCUCUUGGAUCCCUUGCAGGUGGUUAUAAGGGCCUUGAUCGUUGGACAAAUAGGUUGCCAUGACAACCUGGAUUGAAUUCAAUACAAGAAUGUGAAGGGUGAACAUGUGUUGGAGUGAUCAACACGAGAUGGAAUGAAAUUCUGGCCUAUCUCAAUUGAAAAUUGAGUGCAAUGGGAAAAGACUUCUAAUUUGGAGAAAAAAACAAAUUAUUUACUAAUUUAAGUUUGCAUUUUAUUUCUUUUGUUUUGAUGAACGGUCAGGGUUUGACUGAAUGUUAUGUUUUCACCACAGGAGUGGUGGUUCUUUGUUAGACAGAACUUGCCGACGUCUCAACUCCUCGCCACCAUGGGAUGGACAGAAUGAAGCUCUUAAUGGGAUUGUUGGAUGGAUUGCAAUCAGUAACAGUGUCAGUAGUUGAUAGAGCCUCAGUCUGUUACUUCUUCUCAUUUGGUUAAUUGUCUAUCUUGAUAAGUUCAUAGGACCAAACAUUAUGAGCAUUAGGAUUUUCGUUUCGUUUUCACAGCCGUGUUUCCGAAGAUUGCCUGUUUUUUCUUUUAAAAGUGAGGGUUGCAUUUUGACCUUUUUUGCAAGGGACAGCGGAACUGGCAGAAACUGUUUUAUAUGUGAUGUGUACAUGUGUGUUGAAAUGAAAGUUGAGCUGUUGCAAGUGUGUUACAGUCAGUUAGUGUUUGUUCAUAUUUGUGUCUGGAUUGUGCAGGAUGUAAAACCAUACCAAGAAAUUGUGCCCUUCUAUUCUGCAUUGUGAUAUUCAAGCAUGUUAACAAUUUUUAAAUAGGCUGCAGAUGAUUAUGAAUUUAUCUGGUCCAACCAUUUAAUUUUAUACUCAUGUUGAAGUAUUUUUAGAUGGUUAUGUUAGCAUUCAAAUUUUUGCAACUUCAGACUUAUUAUUGUGAGUACAAGUUCAUACAAAAGGAUGUUCUUGAAACUGUUAAUCUCAGUGCUAGUGAAAGUCAAAUAUAUUCUUGUCUUCAUAUUGAAAGUUACACCAAGAGACAUUCAGUUUCUUUCUUACCAUCAGUAACCUGUUACUUUGAAUUAACCUGUAAUGUUGUUUUUUUCCUGAAUUCUAGUUUCUGAAGUGAGUCCCUGUCAAGACACUGUCGUCAUCUCAUGUACCUUUGUCAUGUCAUUAGUAUCACCAGUGUGCCCAUUAGUGUAGUCCAACUCAUAGACUUCAUAGGGGGAAAGCUGAUCAUCAUCAACUGUGUAUACACUAUCAAGAAAAAAACCCAAAACAAAACAAAAACAAUUAAAAAAAAAAUGAGAAAAAGGAUGAAAAAAAUAUUUUCCAUUUUUAAUUGUAUCUCUCAUAUGAAAUCCAUCAUAUUUUUAACCACUUUGUGUUGUAGAUACUCCAGAAAAUGUAUUUAAGUGACAUUCAUCUGUAUGUACACAUUCGCAAGUGUCUUGACAGGAUCACCCUCAAUAAACUCGGGUAUUUUUCUUCA